GGACCCGCCACGUAAAAAAACACCCCCAAUGAAAAAGCAAGCACAGCCUCGGAUGAGAGACCCCCCCUUUUGAUGACGACCAUGGCAAACGAAAUAAGGACUAUGAUUUGAGGGCAUGCACCUGGAAUGUCCGGUCCCUUAAUUGGGAAGGUGCCACUGCUCAGCUGGUAGAUGUCCUCGUAAAGAUAAAGGCUGACAUCACCGCCGUUCAAGAAAUGCGAUGGACGGGACAAAGACAGAGACGAGUAGGUCCUUGUGACAUUUACUACAGUGGCCAUAUAAAGGAGCGCAAGUUUGGUGUUGGAUUCGUGGUGGGAGAGAGACUCCGUCGCCGAGUACUAUCAUUCACUCCGGAGAAUGAACGUCUAGCCACAAUCCGCAUCAAAGCGAGGUUCUUCAACAUAUCGCUUAUUUGCGCCCACGCCCCGACGGAAGAGAAGGACGAUGUGACCAAAGAUGCUUUUUAUGAGUGCUUGGAGCGCACUUAUGAGAGAUGCCCCCGCCACGAUGUCAAAAUCGUGCUUGGCGACUUCAACGCCAGGGUGGGUAAAGAAGGUAUCUUUGGCACUACGGUCGGUAAAUUCAGCCUCCACGACGAAACAUCCCCAAAUGGGUUGAGGCUGAUCGACUUCGCCGGGGCCCGAAAUAUGGUUAUCUGUAGUACUAGAUUCCAGCAUAAGAAGAUACAUCAAGCUACCUGGCUGUCUCCGGAUCGAAAAACCACCAACCAGAUCGAUCAUGUUGUGACAGACGGAAGACACGUCUCCAGUGUUUUAGAUGUGCGUGCGCUCCGAGGUCCUAACAUCGACUCGGACCACUAUCUUGUUGCAGCCAAGAUUCGCACCCGCCUCUGUGCAGCAAAAAACGCACGCCAACAAACACAAGGAAGGUUCGACGUCGAGAAGCUGCAAUCACAACAGACAGCCGAACGAUUUUCUACUCGGCUUGCACUCCUGCUCUCUGAGAGCACUCGUCAACAACUCGGUAUAAGGGAACUGUGGGACGGCAUUUCAAACUCCUUACGUACAGCUGCAACCGAAACCAUUGGUUUUCGGAAAGUGCAAAAUAACAGCUGGUACGACGAGGAGUGCCGUGUCGCAGCGGAGAGAAAACAGGCUGCCUACCUCGCAACGUUACGAUCGACCACAACACGUGCGGGAUGGGAUAGAUACCGAGAGUUGAAGAGGGAAGCGAGACGCAUUUGCAGACAGAAGAAGAAAGAGGCCGAAAUGCGUGAGUACGAACAGUUUGAUAAGCUGGCCGACAGGGGUAAUGCUCGAAAAUUCUACGAAAAAAUGCGGCGACUUACAGAAGGUUUCAAGACCGGAGCAUACUCCUGUAGAACCCCCAAAGGUGAUCUAGCCACCGAUGCCCAGAGCAUACUUAGAUUAUGGAGGGAACACUUCUCCAGCCUGCUGAAUGGCAGUGAACACAUAGCACCAGGAGAAGGCGAACCCGAUUCCCCAAUCGAUGACGAUGGAGCAGACGUUCCAUUGCCCGGCCAUGACGAAGUUCGAAUAGCAGUUGCCCGCCUGAAGAACAAGCGAGCUAUUCAAACACGGCGGCGAAGAACUGAUAAGGAGCAUGCAUCAGCUUCUUUGCAAAAUAUGGUCGGAUGAGAGCAUGCCCAACGAUUGGAAUUUAAGUGUGCUAUGCCCAAUCCAUAAAAAAGGAGACCCCACAAUCUGCGCCAACUACCGUGGGAUUAGCCUCCUCAACAUCGCAUAUAAGGUUCUGUCGAGCGUAUUGUGUGAAAGAUUAAAGCCCACUGUCAACAAGCUGAUUGGACCUUAUCAGUGUGGCUUCAGACCUGGUAAAUCAACAACCGACCAGAUAUUCACCAUGCGCCAAAUCUUGGAAAAGACCCGUGAAAGGAGAAUCGACACUCACCACCUAUUCGUCGAUUUCAAAGCUGCUUUCGACAGCACGAAAAGGAGCUGACUUUAUGCCGCGAUGUCUGAAUUUGGUAUCCCCGCAAAACUGAUACGGCUGUGUAAACUGACGUUGAGCGGCACCAAAAGCUCCGUCAGGAUCGGGAAGAACCUCUCCGAGCCGUUCGAUACCAAACGAGGUUUCAGACAAGGCGACUCCCUAUCGUGCGACUUUUUCAAUCUGCUGCUGAAGAAAAUAGUUCGAGCUGCAGAACUUAAUCGAGCAGGUACAAUCUUCUAUAAGAGUGUACAGCUGCUGGCGUAUGCCGAUGAUAUUGAUAUCAUCGGUCUCAACACCCGCGCCGUUAGUUCUGCUUUCUCCAGACUGAACAAGGAAGCAACGCAAAUGGGUCUGGCAGUGAACGAGGGCAAGACGAAAUAUCUCCUGUCAUCAAACAAACAGUCGUCGCACUCGCGACUUGGCACUCACGUCACUGUUGACAGUCAUGACUUUGAAGUUGUAGAUAAUUUCGUCUAUUUAGGAACCAGCAUUGACCAACCAACAAUGUCAGCCUAGAAAUCCAACGCAGGAUUACUCUUGCCAACAGGUGCUACUUCGGACUGAGUAGGCAAUUGAAAAGUAAAGUCCUCUCUCGACGAACAAAAACCAAACUCUAUAAGUCGCUCAUAAUUCCCGUCCUGCUAUAUGGUGCAGAGGCUUGGACGAUGACAACAACCGAUGAGUCGACGUUGCGAGUUUUCGAGAGAAAAGUUCUGCGGAAGAUUUAUGGUCCUUUGCGCGUUGGCCACGGCGAAUACCGCAACCGAUGGAACGAUGAGCUGUACGAGAUAUACGACGACAUUGACAUAGUCCAGCGAAUUAAAAGACAGCGGCUACGCUGGCUAGGUCAUGUUGUCCGGAUGGAUGAAAACACUCCAGCUCUGAAAGUAUUCGACGCAGUACCCGCCGCGGGAAGCAGAGGAAGAGGAAGACCUCCACUCCGUUGGAAGGACCAAGUGGAGAAGGACCUGGCCUCGCUUGGAAUAUCCAAUUGGCGCCACGUAGCGAAGAGAAGAAACGAUUGGCGCGCUGUUGUUGACUCGGCUAUAAUCGCGUAAGCGGUGUCUACGCCAGUGAAGAAGAAGAAGAAGAAAUACUUACGCUUAGUCUGAUGUGGGGUAAAAUAAUUUCUAAUAAAAAAAUACGUAACCUCAGACGAGUGGUAAUUUUGACACCAGCACUGGUAUAUGUCCGCUUAUAUAACACGCACGACUGUCCAAACACAAUUGAAUAAUAAUAACAGAAUAAUGAGAAGAUACCAGGAGAAUGAAAUUGAUAGCGCUCAACUGAAGAGAGUAAGAGAGAAAACAAACCACAAGGUGUAAAGUUUACCACCACCUCAGUAGUUAAAGGUUAAAAAAAAAAUAUAUAAAAUAAAUAAAAUAUAAGCAAGUUAGAUGCGGAUAUGCGGAUUUUGUAAUAAAAUCCGAGAUAUAGAAAAUAUUUUACUUGAAAAACUGUAUACGAAAGAUUAAAACGAAUAUUGUAAUAAAAUUCGUUUAACAAACAAGUUAUUAAAAUUGUACACGGAAAUUGUAAACGCGGAUAUUGCGAUCGAAUUGAAUAACAUAAAAGUUAUCAGAAUUGUAUGCGGAAAAAGCGAAUAUUGUAACGCAAGCUAAAAGGAAAUAUUAUUAUUGAAACUAAGAUUUUUAGAAUAAAUGCAUCAGCAGUGCAUUGGAACGAGCUGCAGAAAUUAAUCUACGCAAAACAACUAUUGAAGGGUGCGGCAAAGAUUCUUAUAAGAAGCCAAAGAGGAAUAAGCAGUUGGAGUUCACUAAAACUAGCGCUGCGGCAGGAAUUUGGUAUAGCAUUAUCAUCGAUUGAAGUACACCGUACUUUACGUAGUCGUCGGAAGCGACAUGGGGAAGAUCUUCGAGAAUAUUUAUACGUUUUAAUGGAGUUGGGGAAACCGAUAGAGCUACAUGACUCAAGCCUAAUAGAAUAUUUCAUCGAAGGCAUACCGGACUCAAGGUCGAACAAAACUAACCUAUACCAGGCGAAAACUAUACAGGAUUUGAAGGAGCAGAUCAAGGUAUACGAGAUAGAACAUAGAAACAGUUCAAAAAUGCGACAUGUAGAGGCGUUGAGUAGGCUAUCUUGUCUCAUUAUAGAAGAUUCCCUAAUCCACCGGCUGAAGCAAGCACAGGAAGAGAACGAUUGGGUACGAGCUGUGUUGAAAGUUCUAGAGAAGAGCGACUACGAAGACUUUUAUAUCAAACAUGGAGUACUGUAUAAGGAUUCAACAAGAGAACUCUUGGUAGUUCCAUCAGUUAUGGAAAACGAAAUCAUCAACAUGGCACAUAGGCAAGGGCACUUUUCCAUCAAAAAAACGGAAGAAGCAGUAGAAAAAACAUUUUAUAUACCAAAUUUAAAUAGGAAGGCGACAAAGGUUGUAGGAAGUUGCGUGGAGUGUAUCAUCAACGAUACGAAGUCAGGAAAGAAAGAAGGUUUCCUAAAUCCCAUUAGUAAAGAACACUACAUCUCGAUCACGUUGGGCCGCUGGAGUCGACAAAAAAGGCAUGUAACUACAUCCUUGUGAUGGUAGACGCAUUCUCCAAGUUCGUUUGGCUACAUCCAACUAAGAACACAGGAGCUGAUACAGUCGUCGAAUGCUUAAAGAGCAGCCGUUUUCGGAAAUCCAAGGCGUGUCAUAACAGACAGGCGCGGCCUUUAGGUCGAAUUUGUUUAAACAGUACUGCGAGGAUGAGGAAAUCCAGCAUUUAUUAAUAGCUACGGGAGUGCCACGAGCAAACGGGCAAGUAGAGCGCAUACAUCAGAUUAUUAUUCCGAUGAUAGGUAAGUUGGGAAACGAGAGUUCGGGAUACUGAUAGAAGCACGUGGAUCGUGGGCAGCUAAUAAUCAACAGCAUGCCGCCAAGAAGCACCAGACAAUCACCUUUUAGAAUUAUGACUGGACUUGAGAUGCGAUUGAAAGGAAUACCACAUUUACUCGAACUGCUGGAGGAAUCAGCCAUCGAAGAGCUCGAUGCAGAACGCGAGGUAAUUCGUCAGGAGACACGACACAAUAUUGCUAGGAUUCAGCAAGAAAAUAGGAGAACAUUCAACAAAAGGCGAAGUGUAGAGGUCGACUAUAAUAAAAACGAGCUAGUAGCCAUCAAGCGAACGCAGUGUGGAGCAGGAUUGAGACUUAAAGCAAAAUUCUUCGGGCUAUAUAGAAUUGAUAAGGAGAUGGCACGCGGAAGAUAUGAAGUCGAGAAGAUCGGUGAUCAUGAAGGACCAAGACGCACGAUAACAAUUGCUGAAUUUAUUUCGGAGCCGAAUGAACAGUCAAGAUAGCCGAAUGUAGGACUGUGUAAACGGACAAUAAGACUGAAACAGAAAUGCAACACUGUGUAGAGAACAGAUGUGACAGCAGCGAACGGACUGGAAUGACAAUAUUAUUAAAAUUACAAAAGAAAACGGCUAUUUUUAAAAUCAAAUCCGACAUAUAUGUAUUUUUUAUAAUAUAAGAAAAAUGUCAGGAAUGUUUCUAACGACUCCGAAAGUUUUUUGUUAGGUGAGUGGUGUAAUUGUUUUUUAAAUCACAGCGGCGUAAUUCCAUGUCAUUAAUCGAAAAGUGCUAUUUACACUAUUUUGGGUUUCGUGUAAGGAAUGAAGAAUAAUCUUGGUUUCAACAUAAAUGUUGUGUAAUGUGUGUGAGACAACUAAAUCUAAACACACUACCCAGUAUCCAAACUUGUCUUCGUCCAACAGACCCAUCCUACGUAGUGUCGAACUCCCUGUUCCAAAGCCCCUAAAUCAAUCUGAAAAUCAGGAUUCUAUUCUGGAACUUGUUCUAAGUCACCACGAUGAACUAUCUGAAGAAAGCGACCUGUGUUCGAAAGAAUCACACUUAUUGACACAAAGUGAUUUAAACGAUUUAGUAUGUAAUUUUGAUUUACCUAAAAAACACAAUUUUAUAUCAAUCCUUAAGACGAAAAAUUACAAAGACUUAAUAACUGAACUUAUAAUGUCGUAAAAGGGUUAAACCACGUCAAGUGGACCUCGAACAUUUCGCUAAAUCACCGAUUUUGAAAAUUAGCACAUCAUUAGUUGAGGGAUCAGACAUGAUAUAAAUAUUUCGUUAAAAUUCAGUUUUUUUUAAUGUUAUUGAAGGUUGAAUUUUAGAACACGACAAAUUUGUAAAAUUAUCUUCUCAUAAACUUCUGCAAAUAAAUCGAUGAAAUAUUGUGUACACAAAAAAAAUGUUCGUACUAUAUUAUAAAUGUUUUUACGGUCGAAAGGUCUGACAGUUAGCGUACAUAUGUAAAUACAUUUAUCAUUCAUGUCGUAUGAAGAUGUAUAGAUAUUAAAAUAUUCACCAAAGAGCAUCUAUUUAUAUUUGAAAUAUAUAUUAGGGCGGGUCGAAUUUUUUUCGCAUAAAGCGGCUAGCAAAAGCGAAAACUACAGAAAAUUCUAAGAAAGUUUUCCCAAGAAACCAUGGGUCUAAAAUUAAUUCCCAGUUUGCGCAGAGCGACUUUAGAUUUUGAGGUCAUACUUAUUAAAUUGUACUCAAAAACCUAUAGUUUUGAAAAUAACAGGAUGCCAUGCAAUUAAUGCAAUAAUAGCAGGCUUUUGUAACUUAUUCGUUUUUUCACGUGGCUGAGCUAAAAACAACACAAAAAAGCAAUCGUACGGUACUCUUACCACACAAGUGGUCUGCGUUGAAUAAACAAUAGUGUAUUCUAAAUAGUUUUUUCAAGUUUUAAAUAGUUUUCGAUUAAUAAAUUAUAAUGGAAACGUCUGCAAUGUCAGUUGAUUCCACCAAUUCAGAAAUUGAUACAAUUUCAAUGAACUCCGGGUCUUGUGUUCUUCCCAGUCUGAAUAUUGGCUUGCCAAGAAAUUUAAGUGAUCUAAAUCUACCAAGUAAUCGUGACGUAUUAAAUUACUAUUUAUUUUUACGCGUCUACAAAAAAAAGCAAUCGUACGGUAAUCUUAACACACAAGUGGCAAAAAAGUUUGGAAAAUUUGGAAUAAACUAAACAUUCGGUUAACCCUUUCAGCCCCAAAGGACUUUUUAAACGAUGUCAAACAUAUAUAGAAGUUGCUUAUAAGCAACUUUGGGGCUAAAAGGGUUAAUCAUGAUCAUGAAGUUGAUCUAUAGGAUGUGUAUUUUAAAGAAGUUUUUGUGUAUUUAACUUUUUAAACGAUGUCAAACAUAUAUAGAAGUUGCUUAUAAGCAACUUCGGGGCUGAAAGGGUUAACCAAUGA